AUUACAAAUUUUUUGAAAAACAGAGACAUCAUAUCAACACACAUGGAAAAACAGAGACAUUACAUGAACAGAGAGAGAGAGAGAGAGAGAGAAAGAGUAUUCACGAGGGUAUCACCGCCCUUCAGCUUAGGAACACACACACAAUGACACACAUACUCUUCUCUUCUCUUCUCUUCACGAGCUAAAACCAUUUGCUUCUCUCUUUAUUCACCCACCAAACUUUGCUUCAGUGGUCCAUACAAAACCACGUCAAAGCUCACACCUUUCUCUCUUUGUUCAAUCUUAAACGCUGUUUUGCCACUUCCCACCAUUACCCUUUCUACUUUUGCUUUUUUCUUUUAUGAUCAUAAUAAUGUGAAGUGAGUCUUUACCUUAUUGGGGUGCUGAUUUCAUAUUAAAGUUUUCAUCUUUUUUAACAAAAUGGAUCGUCCUGCAAUAUCUGUUGGGCCAGGAAUGGAUAUGCCUAUCAUGCAUGAUAGUGAUCGCUAUGAACUUGUUCGUGAUAUUGGUUCUGGUAAUUUUGGGGUUGCUAGGCUUAUGAGGGAUAAACAAACUGACGAACUUGUUGCUGUUAAGUAUAUUGAGAGAGGUGAAAAGAUUGAUGAAAAUGUACAAAGGGAAAUUAUAAAUCACAGGUCAUUAAGGCAUCCCAAUAUUGUCAGGUUCAAGGAGGUUAUAUUGACACCAACACAUUUGGCAAUUGUAAUGGAAUAUGCUUCUGGAGGAGAGCUAUUUGAGCGAAUAUGCAAUGCAGGGAGGUUCAGCGAGGAUGAGGCACGCUUCUUCUUCCAACAACUUAUAUCAGGAGUUAGCUAUUGUCAUACAAUGCAAGUAUGCCAUCGUGACUUGAAGUUGGAAAACACAUUGUUAGAUGGUAGUCCAGCUCCACGUUUGAAGAUUUGUGAUUUUGGAUAUUCAAAGUCGUCUGUACUACAUUCACAACCAAAAUCUACAGUUGGUACCCCUGCAUAUAUUGCUCCUGAAGUUUUGCUUAAGAAGGAGUAUGAUGGGAAGAUUGCAGAUGUGUGGUCUUGUGGGGUGACCUUAUAUGUGAUGUUGGUGGGUGCUUAUCCUUUUGAGGAUCCAGAGGAACCUAAAAAUUUCCGCAAGACAAUACAUAGGAUUUUAAAUGUUCAGUAUUCAAUUCCUGACUAUGUUCAUAUAUCUCCGGAAUGCCGUCAUCUGAUUUCAAGGAUUUUUAUUGCUGAUCCUGCCAAGAGAAUAAAUAUUCCUGAGAUUAGAAACGACGAGUGGUUUCUGAAGAACCUUCCAACUGAUCUCAUGGAUGAGAACGGAACCAACAACCAGUUUGAGGAGCCUGAUCAACCAAUGCAGAGUGUCGAAGAAAUCAUGCAGAUAAUCGCUGAGGCUACCAUUCCUGCAGCAGGAACUCAAAGUCUCAACCAGUAUCUUACAGGUAGUUUAGAUAUUGAUGAUGACAUGGAAGAAGACUUAGACACUGAUCCUGACCUUGAUAUUGAUAGCAGUGGAGAAAUAGUUUAUGCUAUGUAAGCUGGUGGAAGACUAUGGACUUGAUUCUGUUGUCAAAAUUUUAUGCCCUUUGUUGAGUGGAGUAUGUUGGAAAAUAUUUCACUUUCUAACAGGAAGAAUUAUGUGAACAAAUUUUCCUUGAUCCUUCCCGCUUGUAUCUAAGUUCGAUUCAUGAUCUUAAUUUGUGUUGCUUUGCAUUCAUAGUUGUGUUAUUUUUUA